AUGGCGUCCUACGAAUUGAAGAACCGAGCCAGCUCGGCCAACCGAGAGGUAACCGGGUCCGACUCGGGAGCGCGUGAUGAUUUGGCUCUUGCACGAUUGGGCAAGAAGGCUGUCCUGAAGCGGAACUUCGGUAUUCUCUCAAUUAUCGGUCUCAGUUGUACCAUUCUCGGCACCUGGGAGGGUAUUUUAUCGACGUUUACUAUUCCUCUCGAAAAUGGUGGAUCUGCCGGUGCAGUAUACUCCUUUAUUUUUGCAUGGACGGGAACAGCCUGCUGUUUCGUGCUGCUGUCCGAAAUGGCGUCCAUGGCGCCGACUUCCGGAGGCCAAUAUCACUGGUGUGCCAUGCUUGCGCCUUACAAGCAUAUGAAAUUCCUCAGUUACAUCACAGGAUGGUUGACCGUGAUCGGAUGGCAGGCCGCCUUUGCAUCAUCAUCCUACAUGGCUGGAACUGAGAUUCUGGGUGCCAUUAUCUUGGGUCGGAACAGCUUCAGCUCGCAGCCCUACCAGGGUACCCUUCUGAUGUGGGCGGUUGUGGUCGUAGCUCUUAUUGUGAACAUUAUUGGAGGAAAGUUCCUGCCUCGCCUGGAAACCUUCAUUCUCAUGAUUCACAUUCUGGGAUACUUUGGUGUGCUCAUCCCCAUGACAUAUAUGUCCGACCACAAAUCGACAGAGUCGGUCUUCAAGGACUUUACCAAUGGUGGAAAUCUCUACACCGAUGGUAUAUCCUUUUUCGUCGGUAUGACCGGUUGUGUGUUUGCCUUUGCAGGUGGUGAUGCUGCCGUGCAUAUGGCCGAAGAAGUAAACCAUGCCACGGUCGUCAUUCCCCGUGCCAUCCUCCUCAGUGUUGCCAUCAAUGGCACCUUGGGAUUCACCAUGCUGAUCGCCACUCUCUUCUGCAUGGGCAGUGUUGAUGCGGCCCUUGAGUCUCCUACGGGCUACCCCUUCAUGGAAAUCUUCCAGCAAGCAACCGGCUCGGUCGCAGGUGCAUUGGGCUUGUCCUCCAUCCUCGUUAUUGUCGGUAUCUGCGCCGCCCUGGCCAUGUUGACUGCCACCUCUCGCCAGUUCUGGUCGUUCGCUCGCGACCGUGGUGUCCCCGGCUGGCGAGUCUGGAGCCACGUCUCCAACCGUACUUUCCUCCCCACUUACUCCAUCCUCCUCACCAUGACCAUCUGCUGUCUGCUUGGUCUGAUCAACAUCGGCUCCGCCGUCGCCCUCAACGACGUCGUCUCCAUGGCUGUCUCGGGUUUGUACUCCUCGUAUCUGAUCGUGGCGGUUCUUCUUCUCUGGCGCCGCUGCAGCGGCGCCAUCAGCAACUACAAUGCCAGUGACGACACUGUUGUCAAUGUCCCUGGCGCUAAGCUCAUGUGGGGUCCGUUCCGUGUCCCGGGCGUCUGGGGUAUCUUGAUCAACACUUAUGCGGUGAUUUACAUCGUGAUUGUCAUCUUCUUCAGUUACUGGCCUACUGAAUUGCCAGUGACAGUGACGAAUAUGAAUUACAGUGUGGUGGGUACUAUGGGUGUCGUCAUUCUGGCUAUUAUCUAUUAUGUUUUGAGGGCUCGUCAUGUCUACACGGGUCCUGUUAUUGAGAUCUCGUAA